CAACAUGAAAGUUCAAAAAAUGGAAAAUGUUGUAAUCUUGGUGAUAGUCAUAUUAACAUUGGUCCAAUUCAUGGUACAACCUGGACAAGCCACAGUAUUUUGUGGUGAAGUUGAAACUUCCUUGGCCCCAUGCAUCACUUAUCUUACUCAAGAUGUACAACCUUAUCCUGCAUGCUGUAAUGGUGUCAGAAAUCUCAAAGGGAUGGCUCUAACGGUGACUGAUCAGAGAACAGUAUGUAUCUGUCUCAAAAAUGCUGCUAAGCGUUACUCAAAUCUGAAAGAGGAUGCAGCUCAAACUCUUCCUCAGAAAUGUCGGAUCAAACUUGACUUUCCAAUUUCAAGAAGCUUCAAUUGUGAACUCAUCAGCUAAAUGGAAGGCCGCUGGAGAUUCUUCAUUACUAUUCCAUACAGAAUUUAAAGAAUAAUUUGCAUAUCUGCUUUUAAACUUGUUAACAUGAUUUGCAUUUAACCUCAAAUAUGGUGCUGCAAUGUAGAAGAGAAAAAAAGGAAAUUAUUAAACUGGCCAGGUUUAAUAAAUUAUUUUAGUUUAUAGAACAAGGAGGCCACUUUGGUUAAUUUUUUUCCCCAGUAAAUCCUUCCAGUUUAUAGUCAA